GUGUCGUUCUGAGGCCAACUGUCAACAGCCUAAGGAAGGGAGCUCAUGGCAGCGAAACAAACCUUAACUCGACACUGUAGCUGUGAGCGUGCCUCAGCAAGGAGUCCUGAGUCAUCUGGUUCAAGGUGUGGACAGGGUGGAGGCCAAAGAAAAACAAGAGUACAGCUUUGACUAUCAGUUUUCCAUAAAACUGGAGGAAAGUACUGUCUUCAGACAAUUGGAUCUUAGGUCUCUAAGCUGCUGAAAGAAGGCCUGUAAGAAACCCAAGCCAUUUAUGUGAGUUGUGAAACUGCUGAAUGAAGAGUGAGAAAUUUGAUUAACAACAUAAUAGGAGACAGUUGGCCGAUUCUACCCAUCUGCCUUGCAUACCUUCAUCUCCCAGCUCUGCUAUCCAACUUAGGCAGAGUGGAACUGUCCAUUUUCCCAGACCUUGUGCCCUCCCAUUGGUGACCCGCUCUGGCAGCGCGUUGGUGGACGUCGAUGGCGCGGUGGGAUGCUGAAGGUUGCUGCGGGGGACUGUAAUGUCAGAGCCCAACAGCUCGGGUGAGAGCCGGUGUGGCACUCCCAGAUUCUUCUUGGGCUGUGAAGAUGAUGAGAGUGAGGUCUUGGAGGACAGCAUGAGGACAGACAUGGAUCUGUAUGAGGACGACGAAGACACAGACUCGCCCCCAGAGCAACAGAUUAUGGUGGGCAUCUGCUGCAUGAUGAAGAAGUCUAAGUCUAAGCCAAUGACCCAGAUCCUGGAGAGGCUGUGCAAAUUUGAGUACAUCACUGUGGUCAUCUUCCCAGAGGACGUCAUCCUCAACGAGCCCGUGGACAAAUGGCCUCUGUGUGACUGCCUCAUUUCCUUUCACUCUAAGGGCUUCCCAUUGGACAAAGCAGUGAGCUACGCCAAACUUAGAAACCCUCUGCUCAUCAAUGACCUGAACAUGCAGUACUACAUACAGGACAGGAGAGAGGUAUAUCGCAUCCUGCAGGAGGAAGGGAUUGAUCUGCCGCGCUAUACUGUGCUGAAUCGUGACCCAGAUAAACCUGAUGAGUGUAACCUGGUGGAAGGUGAGGACCAUGUGGAGGUGAAUGGAGAGAUAUUCCAGAAGCCUUUUGUUGAGAAGCCUGUCUGUGCCGAGGACCACAAUGUCUACAUCUACUAUCCCACUUCUGCUGGUGGAGGCAGUCAGCGUCUUUUCAGAAAGAUUGGGAGUCGAAGCAGCGUAUACUCGCCAGAGAGCAGUGUAAGGAAGACGGGCUCAUACAUAUAUGAAGAGUUCAUGCCAACCGAUGGCACAGAUGUUAAGGUGUACACUGUGGGACCGGACUAUGCUCAUGCUGAAGCCCGCAAGUCCCCAGCUCUGGAUGGGAAGGUGGAGAGAGACAGCGAGGGCAAGGAGGUUCGCUACCCUGUCAUGCUCUCUGCCAUGGAGAAACUGGUGGCCCGUAAGGUUUGCCUUGCAUUUAAGCAAACCGUUUGUGGCUUUGACCUUCUGAGAGCCAAUGGUCACUCCUAUGUUUGUGAUGUCAAUGGAUUCAGUUUUGUGAAGAACUCAAUGAAGUACUAUGACGACUGUGCCAAAAUCCUCGGGAACAUUGUGAUGCGUGAGCUGGCUCCUCAGUUUCAAAUUCCUUGGUCCAUCCCAACUGAGGCAGAGGACAUCCCCAUUGUUCCCACUACUUCAGGGACCAUGAUGGAGUUGCGCUGUGUCAUUGCUGUCAUCCGACAUGGAGACAGAACGCCUAAGCAGAAGAUGAAGAUGGAAGUCCGCAACCCCAUGUUCUUUGAGCUGUUUGAAAAAUAUGGAGGAUACAAAACAGGGAAAAUAAAGCUGAAGAAACCAAAACAACUUCAGGAGGUGCUGGACAUCACACGGCAGUUGUUAGCAGAACUAGGACAGCACAAUGACUGUGAGAUAGAAGAGAAAAAGUCCAAACUAGAGCAGCUGAAGACUGUUCUGGAAAUGUAUGGCCAUUUCUCUGGGAUCAACAGAAAAGUGCAACUAACCUACCUGCCCUAUGGGCAGCCCAAAACCUCAAGUGAGGAAGAAGACUCACGGAAGGAAGGUCCGUCUCUGCUGCUGGUGCUGAAGUGGGGAGGAGAGCUGACUCCGGCUGGCAGAGUGCAAGCUGAAGAGCUGGGAAGGGCUUUCCGCUGCAUGUACCCUGGGGGACAAGGUGACUAUGCCGGUUUUCCAGGAUGUGGGUUACUGCGGUUACACAGCACCUACAGACAUGACCUGAAGAUAUAUGCAUCUGAUGAAGGCAGGGUGCAGAUGACAGCGGCAGCUUUUGCAAAGGGUUUGCUGGCUUUGGAGGGUGAGUUGACACCCAUCCUGGUGCAGAUGGUUAAGAGUGCCAACAUGAAUGGGCUGCUAGACAGUGACAGCGACUCACUGAGCAGCUGCCAGCACCGUGUCAAGGCCAGGCUCCACGAGAUUCUGCAAAAGGACAGGGACUUCAUCGAAGAGGACUAUGACAGGCUGGCCCCGACCUGUAGUGACUCUUUGAUGAAUUCAAUGAAGAUGGUCCAGAACCCAGUGGACACUUGUGACAAGGUCUAUGCCCUCAUUCAGAGCCUCACGUACCAAAUUCGCAAAAGAAUGGAAGACCCCAAAUCAGCUGACCUACAGUUGUACCACAGUGAAACACUGGAGCUGAUGCUGCAGCGCUGGUCCAAACUUGAAAAAGACUUCCGCAUGAAGAAUGGCCGCUAUGACAUCAGUAAAAUACCUGACAUUUAUGACUGUGUGAAGUACGAUGUCAUACACAAUGCCUCUCUGGGCCUGGAAGACACACUGGAGCUGUUUAGGUUGUCUCGAGCUUUGGCUGACAUUGUUAUCCCUCAGGAAUAUGGCAUAAAUAAAGCAGAGAAAUUGGACAUAGCAUAUGCCUACUGCCUCCCACUGGUCAGAAAGAUUCGGCUUGAUCUACAGAGGACCCAUGAGGAUGAGUUUGUCAACAAACUACAUCCUCUGUACUCUCGUGGAGUCCUGUCUCCUGGACGCCAUGUCAGGACACGUUUGUAUUUCACCAGUGAGAGUCACGUCCACUCCUUGCUCAGCUUUUUCCGCUAUGGAGGCUUGCUUGAUGAGGAGAAGGAUCAGCAGUGGAAGCGUGCCAUGGAUUACCUCAGUGCUGUCUCUGAACUUAACUACAUGACUCAGAUUGUCAUCAUGCUAUAUGAGGAUAACAAUAAGGACUUGACCUCUGAGGAACGCUUCCAUGUAGAGCUUCACUUCAGCCCAGGGGUCAAAGGUGUUGAGGAGGAAGACAACGCACCCACUGGCUUUGGCUUCAGGCCCGCUUCUGCAGAAGUAGCACGACAGAAAGAGUCGGACCCUGGCAGUCUUGAGGACCUCUCACGAGAUGAGACGGACCGCGCUGGGCCACUGUCUGAGCCAAUCACUAUUCAGAAGAGGUCUCCACUUGUACGCAAUCGUAAAACUGGAUCCAUGGAGGUCCUGUCAGAGACGUCAUCGUCUAAAGUAGGCAGUUAUCGCCUCUUCUCUUUCUGCACACGUCAGUCCCCUGAGAUGAAACAAAGUGGAUUAGGCUCUCAGUGCGCCGGGCUCUUCAGCACCACUGUCCUAGGUGGGUCCUCUAGUGCCCCUAAUCUGCAAGACUACGCACGUGCACACCGCAAAAAAUUCUCCACUGGCAGUCUAUCCUACAAAGACGAGUUGUUGUCUAUGCCGGCAGUAAAACGAUUUUCUGUGUCGUUUGCAAAGCAUCCGACUAAUGGAACACAAGAUGACACGUCAGUGGCUCCACCUCUCUGGAGCACUGCAACAGAGCCCUUUGAAGAGCACCAUGUGGCCCAGUUGUUGAGGCCUUUCUCCACCGACCUCAGCCUGGGCCGCCGUCACUCUCUGGACAGGGCGCUGGCCCACCACCUCCACCAGUGCUCCUACCACCUUCGUCUCUUUCGAAACUGGCUCAUCUCCGGCCAGGACCCUCUAGAGUACCUCUACGGCUUUGAAGGCUGCUCCAUGGUGCCCUCCAUCUAUCCACUCGAAACACUGCACAACUCGCUGUCGCUAAAACAGGUCAACGAGUUCCUCACAAAAGUGUGCGAGAGUGCCGGGGACCCACACUCCAGGACGACCAGAGCUCUGACAGCCAUGUUUGGCACACACAACAAUCCCUCCGUAGAGUCUUACAUCCCUCAGAGAGUCCUUUCUUCUUCCAUCUCUCUUAGAUCACGUUCUGACAGACCUCCUUGGUACAGCAGUGGUCCAUCCAGCACAGUGUCCAGCGCUGGGCCGUCUUCUCCCACCACAGCUGACACUUCACCACGCUUUAGUUUCAGUGAUAAAAUUUCCCUGACCCCUCAGAGCAGUGAAGAAACCCACUCCUCUCAAAAUGCUUCCACUCAGCCAAUGCCUGCUGUUGGAUCACAGAUCCUUGACCCAGCUUGCCCUCCUGUCUCAAACCCUGUUGAGGCCCCUUUGACUCCAGAUAACUCACCAGAAGAUGACGUGGUGACUGGUCAGCUGCCAGAUCAUCAUCAACACAUGCAGGAAGGGCCAGAGGUGACCUCUGCCUCUUUGGAUUCUCUAAUUCCAGAUUCUGGCCUGAGGCCGGCCUGCUCUGCAUUAACUGAGCUUGCUCUGGGCCGAAUGGAGGGUUACUGCCUGCCAGGCUCUCUUCCUGUACUGCUGGAGCUUAGAGAGAGCAGCAGCGAGGCCGGCUCCAGCUCCCAGACACCCCAGUCUCCCGAAGGACCUGAUGAGUUCUUUGACACCCAGGAGUCCAUGGAGCUAUGGACGGACAGUCCAGAAAGCCUUCCUCAUCCUGAGACGCCUCUGGAGCUUGGAGCCACUCACCCAGUGAAGCCAUAGGGUGAAAAAUUCCAGAACAUUAUACUACAUAUAUAUAUAUGUCAGAAACUAGUGUGGUUGCAUCGUACAGUCAUCAUUCUUGUUGUCAAUCAUGAGCCAACCAAGCCUUUCCUCUAUUCUAACUUACUAACUGUGUGUUGUAACUAGUGCUGGACGGUAUGACCAAAAAUGUAUAUCACGGUACUUUUCAAAAUUUCAACGGUUUUGGUUUCAUGGUAUACAAAAGAAUCAUGCAUGAGCAUAAGUGAGUGCUCCAGCAAGAGAGGCACAGUUGAGUGUGUGUGUGUGUGUGUGUGUACUCGCUCAUAUGCGAGUGGCCGAGCGCAAGAGACGCAUCCAAGUGUGUGUCUGUUAAUGUAACUGUAUACAUUCUUGUUACUGUCAGACUUGAUUUCUGCUAAGGUGGUGGAGUAAAUUGAUCAUUCCUGCGAUUACUACCCCAGUUGCAUGUGUGGUGCAGCUGCGAAAGGGCUGACGAACAGUGUUUUGCUACGCUGCGUUCCAUUUUUCAUAUAUCUUGCGGUAUACAAAGUUCAUAUCAUGAAAAAAGAAAUAUCAUUUUCGGUAUGAACCGGUAUACCACCCAGCACUAGUUGUAACUAUGGGCAGCUCGCUGGUCCUCACAUUCGUCCAUGUUUUGGACAAGUGUGAUGAUGCCAUAAUAUGUGCCGUUCCCUUUUAAAAAGCACAUCGGUGACACAGCACUAACAUCACUGAGCCUCCUCUGGACAGGCCACUGGCUCAGUCCAUUUGUUUCUGAAGAUGUAGCAAGCAAGUUCUUUUAAGGUCAAUUUUUAUUGUUUAAUGGGGGAAUAUGUAUGAAGUCAUAAAAUGACCAUCAUACAUCAUUAGAGAUUAGAAAAACAUGUGUGGGGGUUCUGGUUUGUUGCACCAUGUAUCAUGGGUUUGUCAUUCAAACACAACAAGCUGCAGCUAUGGGUUACAAAUGCUUCGAUUUACCAAACCUAAAAGGUCUCACUACCCCAUCUUAAAAAAAAAUUAGGGUCUGAAGUGGAGAUCUGUUAAAAUAUAGAUGGUUGAAAGUUGGUCACAGACAGAUAUGCUGGUGUGGAUCAUUUUCUCUUGGACAGGGAAGCAAAACAGCUCCGGCUAAGGUUAGCUAAUGCUUUAUAUUAAACAUAUAUUAUAUUCCUACAGUUCAUUUUUGUCUCUGCCUCUCCCUGACAAAGGAAAAUGAACCAAGUAGCUUCAAUGUUUAUAAAAAAAUAAAACAUGGAACAGUACUACACUGAGUUACAUUAGGUUAAGUACAAGUGCAGCUCCAUGUUUCUUUGUGUAGGAAACUUUAGUGACCACACACUGUUAACUAGUUGAUACAAGCAACCGUUACUGUAAACAGUUGGACAACAACUUUCCCUAAAGCUGCAGUUGUUGAUAUUUGGCCACUGGGGGAAGAAAAACAACAUCACCCCGGCAAAAUUCUCUUGGCAAAUUCAUUUUUGUUCCGUUAUUAAGUUUCACAUUAGGUGCUCCAGCAAGUCUUUAGAAAAAAAAAAACUACUCAUCUGCUAGAUGUUCCACUUUAUUCAACAACUUUUUGUUACUGUAGUCUUAUACGUCUUUGAGUGUUUUCACAUUUAAUUGAGUUGAUUUAGUUAAUUCAUAGUGAUACUACAACUUAAUGGAUUAAUAUACUGUUAUACUUUCUUAGCUUUAGCAUGUACUCUGGGACAGCUGCAGUAGUUUGGGAGUUUAGGGCAGCCACAUUUUGUUGCUGAGCUUUUCUGUUUGUGCCACAUUUGUUGCAGGAAUGAAUAGACUUGCUGCUUUUCUGAGAAGCACAGACAGUGACUUGUAAUUUGAAACUGACAGGAAACACAGCCGGUGGCCGGUCUGUUCUUCAUCAUACGUCUGUCAGUCUGUCCUGUGCUGAGUAUCACUGGUGGUUACAUCUUUUGCACCUUUAAUCGGGAUUUAUUUGUUCAUGCAUCAUUACUGCCAGUUAAAUGUGUACGUUUAAAAUGGAAGUAAUCUCCAGGUCAACCACGUGUGCACUGCUUACUGCCAAAGUCUUUAAGCCUCAUCAAAGAUUUAAUAUAAUCAGUGGGAAAAGAUGUAGAGAAGAUAUUUAUUUUGAAAUUACAGCUUGGAGAGAAAAACCUGGUAUUUUUAUUAGCCACAUAUAUAGCCAGAGCUAUUGUAUAUUUUUGUAAAAUCACCUCACUUUUUGGGAAAAUGUAAAAGCUAAUCGCAUUUUACCUCUGAACAAACAGGUUUUACAAUCAAGCAGCUUUAUUAUGGCAAGCAAUUAUAUGUAGCAGGUAUGUGAUCGCGUGUGUAUGUGUGUGGGGGGGAGGGGGGGUGAUGCACACAUGCUUGAGAAGCAAAUACGAGAACGAAUAUACUGAUUUGCGAAUCUGUGUUUAUUUAAUGUUACAGUGCAAUGAACUGUAGUGGUGUAAAAUACAACUAAGAGUUGGUAAAAACAGUAAAAACAUGACACCAUAGUCGGCGUGUGCAUGUUCUUGAGCUCACUGUUUUUGCUGUUUGUAUAGCAGGUGCUGAUUCCUUCACACAGAUCAAGCGCACAUAUUUUGUCACCUCCAGUAACGCAGGUCAUCUUUGUUUGAUUUCUUUUAAGAAGCCUGUCAUUGUCUUAAAAAAACAACAUUAUUCUGGGAAAUGAUGUGUUCUGUUUAACAGGACUUUAUUUAAAGAAAUGGCUUGAGAUCUGUGUGGAGAAAUGGAGAGACUGUGACUCUGUUUACAUGGACAGCAGUAUUCUGACAUUAAGGAGAUCUGAUUAAGUUACUGCCUCGUAAACGGCUUUUUCUGAUUACAUUAUGUAAACGGGAAUAUGACUGCAAUAUGCUUAUAGCAAUUUAUGUAAACAUAAUCUGAAUGUUUUAUUCAGAAUAAGGUCAACUGUUGGUUUAAUAGUGUUCAUGUAGUCUAAUAUUAACUCAAUGAAAGAAUAAAAUAAAAACAAUAUUCUCAUA